CAAGGUGGGAGUGACCUGCAGCAGGGACAGGGGGUCCUCUCCUACCAUACUCUCCUGCUGUGGGGAUAAACAGCAGAUGCUACAAUCCCUGCUGAAUUGUGUGCCUUGGAGUGUUCCCUACACAAGAGUUGUUUGUUCUCAGUGAUUUAUCCACUAUUCUCUGCAGCUUCUUGGAGCAUACGCAUCCUGUCAACUUGGGCAUUACAGGGGUGAAAUUUGAUUUACCGUGUGCUUGUUUUUCUGCUAUGAACUUUGAAGUCUCUGUGCCAAUAGAGUGGCAUACAUGCAGUGGUGAUGGGGGACCAUGAAAUAGGUUCGUUAGAUUUAAUUAGGAGACAUCUAAUGCCAGCAUCAGCCAUGCAACACAGAACAUUGUCAGAUAUUAGAUCAAAGACAGGGCACACGCUGUAGAAUAAGAAAGGUGCUCUGAGAAAAGAGAUAAUUAACUGUAUUGGACACAAGUGAUGAGCCAUCUUCCCCGGAGAAUGGACACAAAAGCAACAUAGGGCUGAAAGAAUGAAGGCAAGAAACAAGAAUUCGAAAUUCUUGCAAUACAAGUAAUAAAUCCCAACUUUGCUGGGAAUCCUUCACUGUUUUGAAGACAGAGACAGCUGUGGCUGAGACAUGAAGGGCAGAAGAGAAUGACUGGUUUGCUCACACCUGCAGGUGGGAGGAGUGGCUGGUAGCUGUAUUCGCAUUCGUGCCUUGCUUUCUUUCCCUAAGUCAGGUGUCUGCUGCUUACUGUACAAAGAAAGGUUCUUUGCUCCGAGCAGAAAAUGGCAGUAUACUGGAGAACUGUAGCUAACAGAAUUGUUUGAAAGAUUCAACCUACAGGUGAUGACCUGAAAAAAUCAUGUCUGAGGUCCAGGGUACGGUCGAGUUUUCUGUGGAGCUACACAAAUUCCAUAAUGUGGACCUCUUCCAGAGAGGGUAUUACCAGAUAAGAGCUGGACUGAAGAUUCCAUCCAGGAUUCCCCACAGGCUGUUUGCUACAAUUGCAGGACAGACAGGUGAUUCCAGCCUUUGCUCAGCCUGUGUGCAUGAAAACAACAUUUACAGCAGAAUAUUUCAGAUUUUGUACAGGAAUGAAGAGAUCAUUCUUAAUGAAUCAAUGAACUUCAGAGUACAUCUGCUUCUGGAUGGCGAAAGGGUGGAAGAUGCAUUGAGUGAGGCAGAUUUUCAGCUCAAGUUGGACCUGCAUUUUACUGAUAGUGAACAACAGCUGAGAGAUGUUCCAGCCAUCCCCAUGAUCAGCAGCCGUACACUGUGUCUUCACUUCCACCCCCAGAGAGGUCUGCACCACCAUGUUCCUGUCAUGUUUGACUAUUUCCACCUGUCAGUGAUAUCCGUCACGGUGCAUGCGUCACUGGUAGCAUUACACCAGCCUCUGAUCAGUUUUGCUCGUCCAGGGAAAGGUUCAUGGCUUGGUAAAGGCAACCUGGAUACAGGACCAGACCAAUCCAGUAUGUCUUUAGAAAAUCUUGUGUUUGGAGCUGGCUACUGCAAACCCACUUCAUCAGAGGGAAGUUUUUAUGUCCCAUCUGAAAACUGCAUGCAACAUGCAUAUAAAUGGCAUAAGGACCUCUGUCUUCUACUCCUGAAUGCUCAAAGAGGACUUCAUGUGUACUAUAGCCUCAUAAUGAAGGAGGUUCCUGAUUUACCACAGAUGAAGUUGGAGGAACUACCUGUGGAAGAUACAUUAUCUCAGUUCUGUGCAGAGCUGCAGCUGUUGAGCAAUCCAGAGAAGAUAGCAGAACAGAUAAGCAAGGACCUUGCCUGGCUUUGCUCCCACCUCCUGGCCCUGUGGACCCAGUUCCUGGAGGUGGCAACACUCCAUCCAGAAGUUACAGCUUAUCUGACUCAAGAGCAUCAUAUGCUAAGGGUAAGGAGGUUCUCAGAAGCCUUCUUCUACACUGAACACAAUAAACUUGCUGUGCUGACGUUCCAGGAAGGCCUGAUCCAAAGUCAUGCACAGAUUUCUACAGAAAUUCGUAAUUCAGAGUACUUCACCAGCAUGCCCCCACUGCCAGCAGAAUGCCUAGAGAUCGAUGGGGACUGGAACACGCUUCCUGUUAUUUUUGAAGAUAGGUACAUGGAUUUGCCUUGCAAAGAUCAGAAUUUGGAUACUUUCCCAGAUUUUGAGGUUCCUGCCAAUACUCAAAUUGAUGUAAUAGAUGAGAAGGAAAAUCUUGCAUCAAAUGAUGCCACUGUAGAAAUGAAAGGAGACUUUGGUAAAGGUACUUUGCUAAUACACACAGACAGGAUAAACGGGAAUCCUUGCUUGUAUAGUGAUACCGAAGGUGCUGCUUUAGCAGCAAAGGGUUUAAACCAGCACUCCAAUUCUCAGGUAUGUACAGUGAACAAAGAAGGCCAAAGGAAACCUGAAAACAUUUGUGUUUCAAGUAAGGAAACUACUUCUGUCUCAGAGCUAAGCAAUACAGAAUGUGUGUCAGAGGAGUCUAAAACAUGCAAGGAAGUUUUAUUAAAAGACAGUAGGCAUUCAGUGGGUAUUACCUCUGAAGAGAAGAAAUCUAGCAAUAAGGGUCCCCACAGAAGUGAGCCCAUGUUGAUUGUCAGUGCUCAGCUUGAGUGCGGGGCAUGUGGAACUGAUGGCUUGGAAAGCAGGACUGAAAUACAUAAAACAUCUGAAUCUGGUCAUCUUGAGAAUAAUUUCAGUUCUGAGCCUGCACUGAGUGAAUUCACCAGGCUUGAAAGAACACCAGAACCAGAUAGCAAGCCUCUGCAUCCUGUUUUAAAAGCUUUGCCCUCCCACAGCUUGGAGGUGAAGUUGUUUGCAAAGGAGCAACGAACUGAGGAGUGUGAAGAAUUUACCCUGAUGUCAGGGGUCAUAAAGAGAUCCUCCUCUAUUAUAUCAGAUUCAGGCAUCGAAAGCGAACCAAGUUCAGUGGCGUGGUCUGAUGCUCGGAGCCGGGCUCUGGAGCUGCCCAGUGAUCGAGAGAUCCUGCACCACUUGGUAAGGAGACAUGCCAUCCACCGGAAUUCCCUGGAGGGUGGGCACACAGAAAGCAAUACCAGCCUGCCCAGCGGGAUACAAGCAUCUCUCACAUCCAUUAGCUCUUUACCCUUUGAGGAAGAAGAAAGAGUAGUGGAGCUUACCAAACUGACCAAAUCUGUCUCAGCUCCUCAGAUCAGUAGCCCAGAGGAGCCUGUGGAGGAGGUGGACAUAUCCAAACAUACUGAAGCAACCUCAGGAGACUCAGGAGGAUAUUUAAAAAGCUGCAGGGAAAGAGAGAAUGGAGAUGGGCAAUUAAUGACAGAUUUUUCUGUGUGUCAGCUCACCACUGAAAGUGAGCAACUAGAACCAAGAGGACCUUCCAAACCCUCUGCCGAAGACAGUAAUGGCAACAUAGAGCUACAAAGGGAGGAGGCAAAGGAAGAUUUCUCAGAGACUUACUGUAGUUUGGAAUGUACAAAACCAUCUGCAUGUAAUCCUCUCAGAGAUAAUGACUCUGAAGGUCAAUCACUGGAGAGCAAUGAUGGGUGCAGCUUAAAAACACCAAGGGCUAAUAAUUACUUGGACAAAAGUAUAGACGAGUUUGAUAAGUACAUUACAGAUCCAAAGGAUACAUCUAAACUGGACAGCUUGAAAAUAGAACAGGACUUGUACAUCAGUGUGAGAAAAACAGGAGAGGACAGUUUCUCACAAAGCAUAAAGCUGGUACCACAUAUUUGUAAUCCUGUUUCAGAUCCUUCAGAGACUUCAACAGAAUUUGGCUCAGUGCAAAGAGAAUGCAAUAACUUUCUUGCAGAUGACAGCUUGCUGGUGUAUACAGAAAUGCAAGGGUUACAGGAAAUUGAGCUCAAUGACUCACCUGCUCCAGCAGAUCCUGCUGCAGAAUCCUGCCAGGACAAAUAUCCUCAGGAACUUGACAACCAAGAGCAGAAACUCGUAGCUAACGGCACUGGGUUUCACUCGGUUACAAUGGAUGGGGUAGCACUGGAAAGCAGAAAGGCUGUUGAUGUAGUUAACCUCUCUGUCUCUUGCACGGCCACAUGUCUUCCCUUUUCUUCUGUGCUCAAAGAGACCCCUGCGAUGGUUGGCUUCUCUGCAAAGCAGGCUGCAUUUCCCAUCACACGCCAGCCUCUGGGCUCUUUUGGAGUUGUUUCUUCUCAUUCAAAUGAUGUGGAUGAAGACGCCAAUGAAAGAAUGCUGAAUUUUUAUCAGGCCAAAGAAAAGUUUAAAAAAGAAAUGAAGAUUGAAGGAUUUCUGUACAGUGACUUAUCUGUACUAGCUUCUGAUAUCCCAUAUUUUCCACCAGAGGAAGAGGAAGAAAAUUUGGAAGACGGAAUUCACCUGGUUGUCUGUGUCCAUGGAUUGGAUGGUAACAGUGCAGAUCUACGGCUGGUAAAGACUUUUAUAGAACUGGGACUGCCAAGUGGAAAACUGGACUUCCUAAUGUCUGAAAGAAAUCAGACUGAUACUUUUGCUGAUUUUGAUACAAUGACCGACAGAUUGUUGGAUGAAAUUAUUCAGCAUAUUCAGUUGUAUAACCUCUCCAUAUCCCGGAUAAGUUUUAUUGGACAUUCCCUUGGUAAUGUCAUCAUCCGAUCUGUACUAACUCGCCCCAGGUUUCGCUAUUACCUCAACAAGUUGCAUACCUUCCUGUCCCUUUCUGGGCCUCACCUUGGAACCCUUUACAACAACAGUACUUUGGUUAGUACAGGUCUAUGGCUCAUGCAGAAAUUGAAAAAAUCAGGGUCACUUUUGCAAUUGACCUUCAGGGACAAUGCAGAUCUACGCAAGUGUUUCCUUUAUCAGCUCAGCCAAAAAACAGGUCUUCAGUACUUUAAAAAUGUUGUAUUAGUCGCCUCACCCCAAGACAGAUAUGUACCCUUUCAUUCAGCAAGAAUAGAAAUGUGCAAAAAUGCACUCAAAGACAGGCAUACAGGUCCUGUUUAUGCAGAAAUGAUUAACAAUCUACUUCAGCCUCUAAUUGGGGCAAAAGACUGCACUUUGAUCAGACACAACGUGUUCCAUGCUCUACCAAACACCGCCAACACAUUGAUAGGCCGAGCUGCCCACAUUGCUGUGCUGGACUCCGAACUUUUCCUGGAGAAAUUUUUCCUUGUGGCAGGACUCAACUACUUCAAAUAGUGCCUGAAGUGUGGGGUAACAGAAGCAAACCAUUUCACUGAAUGGAGGAGAAUCCCUUAGCCAAAAGCUUCUAGUAUUAGGAAUGAGAUCAGGUGGGACUUUCAGACUCUAUCCAUUUCCAUUUCUGUUUCCAGAAAAUAAAGUGCUAUGGCUUUAAGGCAUUCAGGCUUCCAAAUAUUGGUGCUUUUGGAAGAAACAAAUAUUCCUUUUCAGUUUUUAUGUCGUUUGUCCACAUAAAGACAUGAGUGAAUUCCAAAGGAGAGAAUCAGAAUAUAGAUUGUUAAUUAUGUAAAUGAGGUGUAACCAACAUGUUUGCAAUUUCUCUCAAAUACUAACCCAGGAACUUAGCUGUUCUUGAUUUAAUGCUUAUCUAUGUAUUAACAAACACAUCUGUAGCACUUUGGGAUGAUUAACACAAGAGGAAAGAAACGUAUAUGAACUCAGGUUAAAACCUCCUUUACGAUGAACUGAAAAGUCAGCAUUCAUGAAAGUUUCAGUGUUUCCAUUUGUCAAAAGAAAAUGAUUUCAUUAUGUGUAAUAGUUUGUAACAUGUACAUAUUCAUAUCAUGGAAAGGGGAGAAAUAUUUAAUAGAAAGAAAAAAACCUUCAUAUUUGUCUUUUUUAAUAAAACCCUUAAAUUAGUUAAACUUUUGUUCAAAUUAGAAGCUGCCAAAAUUAUAAGAGACUAUUGGGUUACUCAUGAAACAAUAGUGGCAUCCGUUAAGACUUCUCCUGUUUAUAAAAUACCAGUAUUGUGCUCAUUGUUAUAACCUUAGAGUUAUUUUUUUUUACUUUUACAUUUGUAUCCAAAUACAUUUAUCCCAAAAUAAUUGUUUCUAUAUAUCAUUCUGACCCUGAAAUUUAAAAUUUGACCAGUAGUGCCUGGGUAAAAAUGAUCCAAGGGAAAUGGACUGGUGACCAAGAGCAGUAAGGAUUAUGGAAAGCUCUAAAACAUAAGGCUUCCUCUGCAGUGCUCGAAGAAGGUUUUACUAAUGCCCAUCUGCAGUGCCAUGUGCAGUCUUAAUUAUUUUAUAGUUACAGCUUGUUAAAACAUUUAAAAGCUUAUUAAUACAAUGCUAUCAGAGUUCUUUUUAAGAGUAAGGAAAAUAACUCAUUUUUCACUUCACUAUUUUGCUUUUUGUUUUUUAAUUAAAAGUUACCAGCAUUUUAAAUGACAAAUUUCAAUAAAUUUCUAUAAGUUUUCAUACCAUUUUGAUAAAUUUUCAAUGUCACAGCAGUUUUUUUCAAAAAAAAAAAAAAAAAAAGGAAAGUGAAUAAUUCUUCACAAAUAUUUUUGUUUGGAAGGAAGACUUUUUUUUUACUGAAAGUAUAAUUUGUUUAGAAACUUAACUGACCAAUGUUGUAUAAUGAAGGAAAUGAACAUAAAAAGUGACAAAGUUGGUUCCAGAUGUCAAGUCUGUCAACAGAGAUCUAAGAUAAAGUAGUGCAGAUUUCUGAAAGAGGAGAACUGAAAAAUGAAAAGAAAAAAACUCAUAGGGAAACCCCAGGGAAAUAUUUGUACACACAUGGGAUAAAACUUGCUGUGUUCUAAUGGAGAAAAGUGGAAAAAUUACAUAGAAUUAGUUCAAGAAAAGACUUGCUAGCAAACUGAAAUGAAGAUGAUCUAGUAGUGUAGACAUGUUUUGAAAGGAAAAGUAGGAAUAUACAAAAAGCUGAGACUAAGAUCGUGUGAAAACAGGAAGGUAUAUUUCACUUAAAAAUCAUCUUCUGCCCUUAUGUGGUGCAUUUCAAUAGUGACAAGUUUCGUAAACAUUAAAUAUUGCUGUAAUACUUGAAUAGGUGGAUACUAUUGUGGGUUGGUUUUUUUUUCUGUUUUUUUUUUUUUUUUUUUUUUCCUUUUAAAAAUUAACAUUUUAAAGCUAGAAGCUGAGUUUACUCAGUUAAAAAUAAAUUCUGUGUCAGGAAUCGAGAACUUCUGGUACUCACAUCUUGUUUUUGGAAAUCUUUAUGGCUUUUCAGCCUCAAAAUUGUAGUGCCAAUUAAACUUAUGUGUCAGCAUCCUUCUUCCUUGGUAAACUAUUUACACAACGUUAAACAUAUUGAGACUUUUAGGUUGAGCUUUUAUACAAUGCAGUGGUUUUGACCUGAAGACACUGACUUCUAAGUAGUAUGUGAAGCACAAGGAAGAAAAGCAAUCCCCAAAUAUCAUCAGUCUUCAGUGAUUUCUGUAGUGAUCUGUUCCUCUUUUAGAAAAUUUUCAUGAGUCUGCACAUGGAAAAUUUUUGAAGUCACCGAGAGGCCAGUUUACACAUAUGUACAUACUUAAUGCGUGAGUGUGCGUAUGCAGUGUAUACAAAGAAGUACAACAAAAUAAUUGUGCUUAUUUCAAGGUCCCACUAUGCCAUUUUUAAAAUCCUGAGUAUGCUGAAUAUGACAGCAUACCAGUGUUGUGCUUCUUAAACUUAGAUUGAUGAUUUCUUGCCUUGCGCAUUAGAAAGCAUUCCUAACCUUUUGUUCACGUGAUUUUGAGGUCUCUUUUGUAUUACUGCAGAAAUUGGUGGCCCUUUCAAUACUCUACACUGCUAUCAAUACUGUGAUUGAUGGAUGAACAUACCUAAAGGUUUCUGUGUUCCUAUACAUACAAUGUUCUUCCACAGCCUGGAGUCUGAUUUCAGUGGAGUUUGAUUAGGUCCAUGCAACUUGCUCCUUAGAGGAUAUGAUAGAAUGCUUCUACAGAGCCUCCAAAAAAAUUUAGGAGACAUCAUUCCAGUGAAAUGAUGUAACACAGAUUUUAUCUUUCUUAUGCUGCCAGAACAUUAUGGGAAAUAUUAGCAAUAACUGUCUAGCUUAUCUUUCAUUUUGAGGUUCUCAAAAUAGUCUCCCUCUUUUUUUUUCUUCUUUUCUUCUUUUUAAUAGGAUAUUGCCUUGAUAAUAACACAGGAUAUUUUAAGUCUGCUCUAACAGUAUAAAACAUCUAACUGGUUGGAAUUUGUCACAAUAUAGCAAUCAGCACUGACUCAUUUUUGGAAGGUUUUUGUAUGUUGAUUUAUAUAGAGAAAUAUAUAUUAAGAAUUAACUUUGUAGCAAAUAUCAGCUGUACAGUGAGCAUCUUUUGUGUUAACCUUUGGAAUCUGAAUGUAUUGUCCUUCCAUAUAAAGCUUCUUUAUAUAAAUUUGAUUCCAUUAGCAGUAUUGAUAAGGGUUUCCCUUCAAACUGCAAACAUUUGCUUUGAUAUAUCUGUGGAGGCUGUGCUUAUUUCUUAAGCAAAACUCUUACAUUCACUAUGGAGAAGGCAGUUUUUCAAGAAGUUGGACAGAAUGGGGGACAUGACUGUACUGGAAAUGAAACUCAUCUCUGUGGGAUUCUUCUCUGGAGAAGGAGAACAAAACAAAACAAAACAAAAAAAACCACCACCACCACCACCAACAGAAACAUAAUGUUUCUUCCAGGCUCCAGUGAGUAAAAUAAGUUUGUAUAAUGAUGUUUGACAGAUAGCUCAGAUGAAUAAAUUCUCUCAAGAAAAGAUGAUAGAUCACAAGAAAGAAAAGGGCAACAAAAAGGAAGGAUCCCAGGACCUUAAACGGCAAUUUUAAAAGCUAAAGGAAAGGAAGUAAGAUGGGGAAGUGCACUUAAUGUAAGACUUUUGUUUGGGUGCCUAGAAUGUAUGUGAGAGCUGGACUAGAUCACACUUGUAAUUAUUAGCUAUUCUGUUGUAUUCUUUGAGGUGCAAAUUUUCACUGGUACAGCUGGAUAACAAGAAAACACUAGAGACAAAUCAUGAUCAUUUAAAAUUUGGCUAGAAAUGAGUCUUUCCUCAGCCUCCAAUGGUGCCCAUUUCUCUUUAACAAAAUUGUUCACUUGUUUUCAAAAUCAGGUCUUUGCACUGACAGUACCGGAAGCUGAAAUUGAUUGGCUUUAAAAGAUUGUAUCCUGAAGGUCUGAAACCUUAGCACAGAGCUUUGGAAAUCACUAGUAGGAAUACUGAGCUUUUACUUCAAAGUACUUCAUAAAUAUUCACUGACCAAUCCUCUUUACUGUUACCUUGCUUAAGAUAGGCCAAGCUUGAAAGAGAAAGCUAUUACAUGGUUAUGUGAAAACUAGGAAUUCAGGCCAAAGCUUUCAUUAGGACUUGUAGGUUCCUCUAGUGCUUUCUGCGUGUUAAGAGAAGAAGAUCUCUUCCUUUCUGCUGUUGCAUUUGAUGUAGGUAAUUGGUAAUACAGGAGGAAAGUGGGGACUUGUAACAAUAGAGUUAGACCCUUUUAAAGGUUUAUGUAAGUAUCCCAUUAUAUAAUGAUUAGUCAUGGUGCACUUCUGUAGUAGUCAUAGCAUGCCAGUAUGUAUCAACCUAGCUGAAUGACUGUUUUCUUUAUGGACUUAAAUUUCCAUCUGAAAAUUUUCAUCAGGACAGACCAUCAUAUUUAACUCCAGCUGGUCAUUUGGAUGCUAAAUGUCAUGACCAUAGGGAAAACACUAUUAAGAGUGUUUUAAUUCAGUACAUAUGCACAACAAUUUUGAUUUUGAAUGUUAUUAAGUAAUUGCCAGUUCCUAGGUCAAUCUUUAAUAUUAAUUACCCCUUCCUUUUGAAACAAAUGUUGUGACCACAGCAAGACCUUAUGGUUCUCCUAAUUUGCUAUCCCCUGAGUAACCUAAAUUGCCUUAAACAAUUCUGCUUUGCCCACUCUUUCCAAAGUUUGCACAGUUGCUUUUCCAUUAACUGAUUUCAUCUCCUGCUUUUCUUUUUGGCUAAAGCUUCCACGAAUACCUUUUCUCUUCAUCCCUCAAUCCUUACCUUCAUACAAAGCUACAAAAUUAUCUCAUUACCUGAACACCUUUGGUAGUCUCAAGAAUAACCCUGUUGACUGUACCAACAAGUGUAUCAUAUCAUCACCUUUUGUAGGCCUCGCUUUCAGCAUCUAAUACAUCUAAUACACUCCUGCAUUCCCACUACGAUGGGAAUUGUUUUUUACAUAUUUUCUUUAAUGUGAUCUUAGUUACAGUUAAUUUUAGGUAGUCUGUGAUGCAUAGAAGCCUAACGUGAGUCGUCUCCACCCUGGCAUUAGAAACAGCUAUGUUUUCUCACCUUGUGACCAUCAGACCUAUGGCAUGCUGCUUCCCAACAGGCUGUGUGUGUGAUCUGAAAGAGCUGCUGUUUCAUCUCUGUUUUUGUAAGACUAUAUAAUACAUGCAUGCUUCCCUAAGAGAAGUCCAUGCACUGGAUAGAAAUGGUUAUGAAAACAACUUUAUCACUGUAGAGCCAUUUUAUAUGCAGAUGAGCUAGGCCUUCUCUGUAUAGGAUAAAGGCAUAAAGAAUGAAUAUGUAUAAAUUCUGCUUAUGCAGAAGUUUAGGCUGAAUUAACUUCUAUUACAACCUUGAAACUUGAUUUAUCUGCUUUUGUAAAUUCAACUCCCUACUUCCACAAAAAGCACUGGAAGAUCCUAUUAACUGUGCAGGAAACUAAUCACAUCUGUGCAAAACUGAUUCUCACAUGUACAUGUGCAUGCCAGAAAUCCAUUAGGUAUAUGCAUGAAGUUACACAUCUUCAAGCAACUUCUUCAUUGGAAAAAUAACAAACUGUGGCAAAGUAAAUAAGACUGCUCUUAUUCAGUCUGGCACGUGGUUCAGACUUGGAGAGCUAUCAACUGCAAACAAAUGGCUCAUCCAAAGGAACAACAACAAAAAAACCUCCGUGAAGACUAGCUGAUAAUCCAGUCUAAAUUUUUUUUUUUUUUUUUUUUUUUUUUUUUUUUUUUUUGGUCAGUGUUGCUAGUUCAAAUACUGUGAGGGCCUCAUUUAUUCUACAUUUCACAUACAAAGAUUAAGUCCAGUAAAUAGAAGAGUCAGGAGCCCCACUAUUUCAGUUUUCAUGAUGGUUUCUAGAAAUUAAUUUAAGAACCUUUUAAUUCCUUCGUGAAUGCUAAAGUACAAGUAAAAAUCUACUUUUCCCAAUUCUGGAAAAUUCUCAUGUACAUAUGUGGAUGUCUACCUGCAUUACUCCUCAUGGUGGAAAGAUACUAAGGUAUUUCUCAUACAGUAUUAGAGAUGCAGCUGUAUGCGCUGCAGAUCUUUUUGGUCUAAGAUGUCACUACUUUCAGUAAAAAUAAUAACACACAGUUUAGUUCUUGUAUUCCCUACAUAUCAUUUGAGUGAUAUGCCUAACAUACUUAUGUAUAUAGAAAGUGUGUUUUCCAUUAUGUAUGUUAUAUUCUUACAUGUAAUUAAUGUAUAUUCCCGUACGUAGUGUAUGUAUAUCAAACUGUACUUUGAAGCUGGUUGUGACUACAGAGUCUUAUAGGUUUCUGUUCCUUUUGGGGGAACAUUUUUGUUAUCUUCCCGUGCUCCUGUGAAGGAGAAUUUUGCUGGUUUCCUCACCUCACUGGAGGAGAGAUUGGUUUGCACAGAGGCUGCCUCUUGACAAACCCUUCAUUGACUAAUUUUAUCUAAGCAGCUUUUAAUUUGCUGUAUGGUACUUACCGAUUCUGUGGCUUUCAUGGUCAGUGUAACGUGUCAAACCCAGCUGCACUGUCUCCUGAGACAGGAAGGUUGCCACCAUUUUUAAUUUUUUCUUGACAUCCACCCUUUUCUAAUAAGCAUUCAUUUUUAAACUGAUAGGUCAGUGAUAAGUAAGCUCUGUUUACUUGUGUGUAUUUCACUAUACAUCCAGUUUGGGAAAUUCCUUCUUCUUCUGUAAAAUGUCCUUAUGAAGUAUGUGGGAGAUCAGUCUAGACAAAUCAUGGCACUCCAUUUUGAAUGUGUGUCUGAAAGUAAAAUCACAUAGUCCAUAGUUUACUCUAGGUUUAUUUUCACUGUUUGUUUUACCAAGAAGGAAGCAAUACUGGUGCUUUGUCCCAUGCAUUUUAGGAUUAUCCUUCUGAGUGAGAAUCUGAAUCAGUAUAGUCCUAAGCACAAGUUUCAUAAAUACAUUGAAAUUCAUAUAUAUGUCUUGUUAUUUGUACUUUAAUAGUCAGCUUUCUUAAAUUAUGAACAGCUUAAUGGUUCAGUUUAAUGCAGGAUUGGUGUUCACUGACUUUAAUAAUGAAUCCUUUUACAACUGAAGAAUCUUUCUAACCAUCUAGGACUAAAGCCUCUAUCAUCUAUUUAAAUCCAUCAAUGCAUACUCAAAAUCUGAGAUUUUCCAUCUUUUAAAUUUCCCACUUAUGUUCAGACAGUCACAGCAUCUAGAAUAUCAGAAAAAAUGCUCUUUUCUCUAUAAUUGUAAUUACCUUUAACAAACAGUACAAACUUUAGUUUGGAGGGCUUGCUUUCUAGGGGACUUCUGGUCUUGCUUAGAGAAAACUUGUGACAAGAAGUCUGUUUAAUUUAGGCAAUUCACAGGAACAGAUGAAUCCCAACCUGUGUCCUAUCCCUCUAUCCCAUGCAGCAAAUUUCACACUAUAAAAUCAGUAUAAAAUCAGAAAAUUAUGGUUCAUAUUCCAAGCUAAACACAUCUGUGAGUCUUGCUUGUUGUCAUAUCUUUCCUUCUAUGCGAUGUGCAUAGACAAUUACUAUUUUUGACACUGGAAUCAUUGUUUUGUAUUGAGAAUCUUGGAAAACCUGAUGAAACUCCCUUUUAAAAAGUAUCAAGAUUAUAACUCUCAAAAUCCAGCUGUAACUUUUUGAUAUUUAAAGUUAGCGAGGUCACCAGAAGUAACUUCUCAGCUGCACAGUAUCUAUUCAAGGGGAUUCAUUCUCAACUCCAUGGUAACACCUUAGACGUGACCUUUAUUGUUCCUCAGCUGACAAAUGGAAUAGAAUUUGGUUGAAAGGAGCACACUUCUAUGAAGAUACCGUGGGUUUUUUGUUCUUGUUUUUUUCUUUUUUUCCAAGGUAAACAACUAACAAAUACUAUGGGGCUGAGUUUCAAGUGAUUAAUUGCAAUUUUAAUCAGUUCAAUUAAAAUAAUAGUAAUAAUUAAAAAAAAAAAAUCAGGAGAAUGACCCCAAGACUUAAUAACAAUUUGUACCCAUCACAGUGGUUGUAAAAUACUAGCACUGGUUAACAUGCCCAUAUUUGUACACACAGGCUGCAAAGCAAUGCAUCUGAGAUACUUUGUUCUCCAAGUACUGUACUCCAAGGAUGAUUGUUCAGGGUGAGAAAUAUGCAUCAUAUAACUGGUCGAUGUACCAUCUUCUGCAAAUUUGGGUUUAAAGCCAGUAAUUUUAUAUAGAGGUUGAACUUUGCAGAUGACUAAUCUCUGGUAUUUUUAAGUCUAACUAUUUCUGUGGUUUGAAUAUGAGAACAACUGAUUCUGUCAUGUGGCACAAUUUUUAAAUUAUAUAUUAUUACAUUUGAUUGAGGCAGUUAUGUUUCUUUGAAAUUAUAUUUCAAAUCAGACAGAAGAGGCAAUAAUUAGAGUCUGCGAGCUUGGAAAUUUUGCACUGUGUAUUUAUUUAUAAGAAUAUUCAAAGAUUUACAACACAUGUUCUGUUCUGAUUCUCUCUAAUUUACUUUCUUUUCCCUAAUGAGCAUUUGUCAAUUGCCAUAUACUUCAAUUUUCUUUAACUAGGUCUGUCAAGAUAUGAGAGACAUACAUUAAAAAAAAAAAAAAAAAAAAAAAAAAA